AUGUCUGUGAUUUUAUCAGUAUGUCCACAUCACUUAUAUGCAUUUGAAGACUCCUGUUCCGAAGAAUUCUGUGAAAAGAGCCACGUGCUGACAGACCAGCUACCUGAGCAGCUGCCUGACCACUAUGUUAUAGAACAACAAAAUAAAGACAUUCUAGAGAAAAGUUUCCAAGGGCAUCGAUUAGACGAGGCUCAGAAGAUAUCAGACAAUGCAGAACCUAAUUCUGAUGAUAAUAAACUCAUCAGAUCUGAGGAAACAGAUGAAAAUCACCAGUCUUCUAUUUAUCUUGAGACAACACCUGAUCAAGAAAUAUCUACUGAUAAACAUUCUGAAAAAUUAGACGUUGUAACUGAAUUUCAGGAAGAUAAAACUGAUGAAAGAAUGCAGCUAGAAGGGAACUUAAGACAUUAUAACAACAUAGACGAAAACGAUGUUUCAUUAUUGAGUGAGACAACUGAAGACCACCAAGAAGACACAGAGAGUCCACAACUUGAAGUUAUUGGUUUUAGUAAUGGCAGAAUUAAGGUCGACAGUGAAGAUAUUCACGGGAAAGAGACCAAUGACCAGCAGUUUCCACAACCUACCUCUAGGCGAAAAUAUUUUCCUCUGUUUUACACAAUUCGAUCGCUGCUGACCUCUCUCUUAUCUGAUUUUGGAGAUGAAUCUGGAAAUCAAGAAACAACAUUCAAUUCAUCGGAAAUAGUGACUGGUAAUACGACAACAACUACAGACCAUCUGUCACCGAUAAAUGCUACCAUGAAUGGAACUGAUUCCAGCCGAAAGACACGGUUUCAGUGUGCUGUCCGAAAUAUUACGAGUAACACUACGGGAGAGGUGAAAAUUGUCAACAGCACUGAGCUUCUGGAAAUCUUGAACCUCAGCAAGAACCAGAAGGUGUCGCCUUGCGUUCUUGUCAUGUUUUAUGCCCCGUGGUGCCACUUCUGCGCGAAGGCAGCACCUCAUUACAAUGUCCUUGCACGGGCAUUUCCCCAGUUGGACGUCUUGGCCGUGGACACAUCACACUUUAGUUACCUGAAUGCUCGAUUUGGAACAGUAGCUGUACCGAACUUGAUGCUAUUUCAUGCAAGAUCUGCUGUACGGUUCAAUCAUACAGCCCGUGUGCUAGACAACUUUAUCCAGUUUGUUACAAAUAAUACAG